AUGCGUAUCCACAGCUUGAUUCCGCUGGCGCUGCCUCUGGCAGCAGCCUACUCCGUCCCUUUUGGAAACGAAUUCGGCACCGAGUUUGCUCGUCGCCAGCUUCCCAACGAGCCGACGGGAGUCAAAACAAUCAGGACCGCCAAUAAUGUCACCAUUCGGUACAAAGAGCCCGGGAUCUGCGAGACUACCCGGGGUGUCAAGUCGUAUGCAGGCUAUGUCGACCUGGCCGAGGAUGCACACACGUUCUUCUGGUUUUUCGAAGCUCGUCAUGACCCUGAGAAUGCACCCAUCACUCUCUGGUUGAAUGGUGGCCCGGGAAGUGAUUCCCUGAUUGGUUUGUUCGAAGGUCAGUUUCCUAAGAAAACAAAGAACCUCGUGGCAUGUUGGCACCGUUGCUCACAAACCCAAUAUCUAGAACUCGGACCCUGCCGUGUCAACGAGAAGAAUGAGACAUACCUCAACCCUCAUUCAUGGAACGAGGUUUCCAACAUGCUAUUCAUCUCCCAGCCUCUUGGCACAGGCUUUUCCUAUGCCGAGAAAGGAGCGGGAUCUCUCAAUCCAUUCACAGGCGCAUUUGAAGAUGCCUCUGUGGCAGGAGUCCAAGGACGGUAUCCUGUCAUCAAUGCUACUUUGAUCGGUUAUCACCAAGAUACUACCAACCUCGCCGCUGUAGCUACCUGGGAAGUCCUGCAGGGAUUUCUGAGUGGUUUGUCCAAGCUGGACUCUAAGAUCAAGUCGAAGAGCUUCAAUCUUUGGACUGAGAGUUAUGGAGGACACUACGGCCCCGCUUUCUUCGACCACUUCUACAAAGAGAAUGAAAAGAUUGCCAAUGGCAGCAGCAAGGGUAUUCAGCUCGAUUUCAACACCCUCGGCAUCAUCAACGGAAUCAUCGAUGAAUCUAUUCAGGCUCCCUAUUACCCUGAAUUCGCGCGGCACAAUACUUAUGGUAUCGAGGCGGUUAAUGAGACCGUUUACAACUAUAUGAAAUUUGCCAAUUCAAUGCCCAAUGGCUGCCAGGACAUGAUCGCCAACUGCAAGGCCACCAAUCGCUCUUCGCUGUCCGACUAUGCGAUUUGUACCGAGGCUGGAAAUAUGUGCCGUGAUAAUAGCCCCUACUACGUCUUCAGUGGCCGCGGCACCUACGACAUCCGCCACCCGUCCCAGGAUCCCACACCCCCUAGCUACUACGUCGAUUACCUGGCCAAAGAUGAAGUCAUGAACGCUCUCGGCGUGGAUCUCAACUACACCCAAUCCAACAGCGAGGUCUACUGGGCCUUCCAGCAGACCGGUGACUUCGUGUGGCCGAAUUUCAUCGAGGAUCUCGAGGAUAUCCUCACGCGCCCCGUGCGCGUCGCCCUGAUCUACGGUGACGCAGACUACAUCUGUAACUGGUUCGGCGGCCAGGCCAUCUCCCUCGCCACCCAGUACAAGCACAGUAAGGAGUUCCGCGCCGCAGGCUACGCACCGUUCCUCGUCGACGGCGUUGAGUAUGGUGAGACGCGCGAGUUCGGCAACUUCUCCUUCACCCGUGUCUACGAGGCAGGCCACGAAGUCCCCUACUACCAGCCCAUCGCGUCCUUGCAGCUGUUCAACCGCACCCUGAACGGCUGGGAGCUGCCGACUGGUGGCAAGAAGCUGACAGCGGACUUUGGGUCCGAGGGCCCGAAGACCGCGACGCAUACCGAGUCGUCAGUAGCGCUGCCGACUGCUUCGGAGAAUGCGGGGCUUUCGGUUGGGAGGAAGAACUGGUAG